UUACUUUGCGGGAAAAUGGAAACUAAGGGUAUCGUGAUAAUUUUUGCGAUUAUUAUUACACUGAUUGUUAUUAUAAACAUUCUUCUCAUCGCCUAUAUUGCAAUGGACUGCUGGUAUAAGGAACAGGUGUAUGCUAAUGCGAUGCGUCCGGAUCCUGCAAUACAACCAAGGCAAAUUCCAAUACGUCGUGACGGUUGGUGGUUUAUACCUUCCUCAGAAUGAAUCAACAAAUAGUACUAGCUGCGAUCGGCAUAACAGUAAUUCUGUGCCUGAUCAUUUUGAACAUACUCUUUAUAUACUUUAUAAUCGACAAUCCUUACCAAAUGUCUACUAAGAAAAUUAAAACAACCGAGGCGCCAACCACUACCGAAGAACCAGUGACAGAAGAAGAGAUAAAUGAACCUCCGGAGGCGGCAGAGGGUCCCGGAGAAGGCGGCGAAGCACCGGCCGCAGAAGGCUAAAAACUAUUUUUCAGACUCGGACACAUCAUCACCCCCGGUCGGCGUGGCUAGGUCUUUCUUGUCAAAUUCGGAUCAGUGUCGCGCGGCGCUCAGCGGUGUCAACUUGUCGUGUGCAGCGCAAAUUCCCAGUCCCAGUAUCAGUACCAGUACCAGUGAUAGUUAUAGUGCCAGUAUAACACAGCGUAGUCCCAGGCCAAGAUCAAACAGGAGCUCAUCUGGACUUGCACUCAAACCGAUCCUUCAGUAGCCAAGCCAACGACAUUCCAAAUCCCAAGUACCAAGCCCUAACCCGAACCAAAACCCGAACUGAGGAAGCGCCAGCUGCCGAAGCGCGGAAGAAUGCCGACCAUCACGGAGGACUGCAUCGAUGGCUUCCAGCAGUACUACUCGCGGCCGCCGGAGAGGCCCAAGAAGAAGUCGCUGAAGCAGAUGGUCUACGACUCGGAGGACAACUCCUACUUCGGUCGCUCCAUCGACAGCUGGGCCAAAAUUGGAAUCUUCUAUGUGGCCUUCUACGGAGUCCUCGCCGCCCUGGUGGCCAUCUGCAUGUGGGCCUUCUUCCAAACCCUCGACCCUCGCAUUCCCAAGUGGACACUGGACCGCUCCCUGAUCGGCACAAACCCAGGUUUGGGUUUCCGCCCCCUGCCACCCGUUGACAACGUGGAAAGCACCUUGAUCUGGUACAAGGGCACUCAGCAUGAGAACUACAAGCACUGGACGGACUCCCUCGAUGACUUCCUUGCGGUUUACAAAGUACCUGGAUUGACUCCCGGUCGUGGCCAGAACAUCUACAACUGCGACUACAACCAGCCGCCGCCGAAGGGUCAGGUGUGCGACGUGGACAUCAAGUCGUGGUCUCCCUGCACCAAGGAGAACAACUACAGUUACCACAAGAGUGCCCCCUGUAUUUUCCUCAAGCUCAACAAAAUCUAUGGGUGGAUACCGGAGUAUUACAAUGAUUCGCAGGACUUGCCCGAAUCCAUGCCUUUGAGUUUGAAGACGUACAUCGGGGAGGUCCAGAAGACGCAGCCACACAAGCUAAACACCAUCUGGGUGUCGUGCGAGGGCGAGAAUCCAGCCGAUCAGGAGAACAUUGGAGCCGUCAACUACCUGCCAAUCAGGGGCUUUCCCGGCUACUUCUAUCCCUACCAGAACUCCGAGGGCUACUUGAGUCCCUUGGUGGCCGUACACUUCCAGCGGCCCAAACGCGGAAUCAUCAUCAACGUCGAGUGCAAGGCUUGGGCUCGCAACAUUGUGCACGAUCGCAAGGAAAGGAUCGGUUCGGUCCACUAUGAGCUCCUCAUCGAUUAAAGUUUAUCGAAUAUUACCUAUAACACAUUGUAAAACAGAAGAAUCUCCGUUGAGCAAGAAUCUCGGACCCGAGGGGUGAGGACGUCGUUCAAUAUCGUCUAAGACAAUCCUACCAGAGGCAAACCACCUGAUGUUUGUUGUAGUGAAAAUUGUGAAAGGUUCAGAUUUCAGUUUGUAAUUUAAAACUCAAAAUUGUUUAAUUGUAUUUUUUCCUGACAUAUAAAUACAAGUUAUAACCAAGA